UCAAGAGCUAGAACAUGAAGGCUUACUGCAAUUAAAAGCAUCUAAUUCAAGCGGUAAAUUACGACGAGACUCUUCUUACACUGACCAGUUCACAAAGGAAGCUGAUUGGGUUUUAGAAAAGUUAAAAACUUUGAAGAGUAGACAUGAAGAAAACCUUCGACAAACAGCAGCAGAUGUAUCCGCUACAGCAAGAAUUCAGGCUAACAAAUUAUCAAAUACUGAAAAUUCUCCAGUUCAACAUUGCUUUUUUAUACAUGAUUUGUCUUACAAUCAUUAUUAUAAAUCAAGAAGAUUUGAAAAAGGCUUAAUUCUCCCACCCCUUGGAACUCCAGUAGGCCCUUCAGUUCCUAUGUACAAGAAUUACUACCCUAUUCCUCCUAACACUGGGAGCUUAAAUGAACGUAAUGCUAAUGCAGGAGAGAAUAGCACUCGAAUAGCUUUAUCCAGCAGUGCAUUUAAUGUAAUAUUAUCAGCUAUUGAUGCUCUCAAAUCUUCCGGACAGUUACCUAGGGGUCUAAAUCCAACGUUAAAAGAAAAGAAUAUCAAUGUAACUGAGAUUAAAAAUUCCAAUCAGCAGAUUACUAACAGAGAUAAUCAGCAAUAUAUAUCUCCUGGUUAUAAUCAAAUAUCAGGAAUUGAAGAUCCAGUACACAAUGCUUCCGUAGGUUCGACUGUAAACAAUACACCUUUGAUUACGAAAAUGGAGCAUCUUAACCCCUCUCAUCACCUGAACGUCUCAAGACCUGUUUAUGCUCCCGUGCCAAUAAACAGAGAAGGACUGAAUAAUAUCCCAAAUUCGCCUCAAAGAGGUGUUGAGUGUCACAAAAAUCAAGUCGUUUCAACGUCAUUUAAUCGGCAUGCGCAAAACAAUCCUCCUUUAAAGUCACUUAUUAACCCAUAUGAACCACAAAAUAUAAUGCACCAACCAGCACCAGAUAACCUUACAAAUGAUGAGAAAAUAUUCGACGCGUACACCAUAUUUUCAAGACGCUGUGAACUUAAAAAAGCUCAAAAGCAGAACUGGAUAAAAACCCCAAGAUAUUUCAGGCGUGGAAUGAGGGGUGAAGUCAACCAGGGUUCAGGCACAAACUCCCAAUUCCACAAUCCAGCUGGAAGACGACUAUCUGCUAUUGCUGAUUUUCUAGGUGUUAAUGAACCACCUACCGAGAGAAAACGAGUUCCUACUUCAAACCACUUAGAAUCGCAUCCGGCCAGUACUUUACCUUACCAUUCGUAUGCCUCAAACACCUUUCAAUAUCCUUCAACUCUAAAUAAUCAUACAUCUUUUUCUCAACCUGUAUGCCCUCCCGUGUAUGCUAAUCAGUCUACUAACCAUAAAACCCCUUCGAUUCCACUCAAUCUAAUGAAUUUGCCCAGAUCAUUACCACCAUAUGCCACUCCUAAUUCGUAUACACCCACAAACCCACAUACCAAUAGUUCUUUUUGGCCUGUUCAUCUCAACCUUGAUUCAUCCGUACCAAGUGCCUCAAAGUCAUUACAGUACUAUAAUUCUUCGUUUCUUCCUACAUUCAAGUAACUUCAUUUCAUUUGAUUUAUUUGGAGCGUCUACCCAGUGAUACUUAAACGGAUUAAGAACUUUGUAUAUAAACUAGUCACUAAAAAUGUUACGUAGCCAUGUACAUAGAAUUGAAUACAUUUUUAUCGAUUUG